UCCCUCCUCACAGCGUUGGUCGCCAUCCAUCCCCUCUCCUCCUCCUGUACCAUAACAGAUGGUGGGAACAACAUUGCAUCCACCGGGUACCACAACAAUAGACCGCAGCAUCCAGUCCAGACGACGCUGGCCUUGCACCAUCAUGCUCCUUGUGCAGGACUGCGUGAGGCUUUGAGUGCCGUCGUGAUUCAUUUCACGCGGUACCGCCACCACCAACCACGGCCACGGAGGAACCUUCUUGCGACUGUUUGGGCUCUCCAUCGAGCGGGGGAAGAUGGCCGCUAUGAAAAUAUUAACAGGCACGGGGCUCUUCUUGGCGUUUUGUGCGCUGGGGCUGCUCGCCAUGGCGAUUUGCACCGAUUAUUGGUACGAGACCGAUGCGAGGAGACAUCGAGAGAGGUGUAAAAACUAUGCCAACAAGCGGAACGACCCGGGGUACAUUUACAUUUCAAACCACAACCUCCCCCUCCAGAUGCCUCCAAAGAGCCUGGAGAGGAAAGGUAACGACGGCCCAGAUGCUGGUGCUCUCAUCAGGGGGAAGCGGCACUUUCUGGCCGCAGCGUCUGCCAUGGAGUCUCAUUGCAGUCGGCAGUUUAACUCCACCAUCUCCGGGCUUUGGAGGAAGUGUCACCGGGAAGGCUUCGACCUGGAGACCGAGGACCUUAUUUACAAAGGAAUGAUUCAAAGAUGUACCCCAGUCAAGUAUCACUACUCUUCGUCCAUCCUACCACGAAAUUUACCUAUCAACAUCACAAAGACCAUACGACAGGAUGAGUGGCAUGCACUCCAUUUAAGGAGAAUGACGGCUGGCUUUGUGGGCAUGGCCGUGUCCAUCAUCCUUUUUGGCUGGAUCAUCGGAGUGCUGGGAUGCUGCCAGCAGCAUGACCUCAUGCAAUAUGUAGCUGGGCUACUCUUUCUCAUGGGAGGAACAUGCUGCAUCAUCUCUUUGUGCACAUGUGUGGCAGGAAUCAACUUUGAGUUAUCCCGCUACCCCCGCUACAUGUACGGCCUCCCUGAGGACAUUAGCCAUGGCUAUGGCUGGUCCAUGUUUUGUGCCUGGGGGGGCCUCGGUCUCACAUUGCUGGCUGGUUUCCUCUGCACCUUGGCCCCCUCCCUGAGCACACCCGCUCGCACAACGACCCACAAGCCGAGGCAGGAGAAUGGAACCGUGUGACAGAGGCGUCGUGAAGCGACUGACCCAGUGGACGCACAAACCACACCCUUCCUUGAUGUUUAACUCUGAAAAAGUUUUUGUCUAAUCACCAUCACACACCACCCUCAACAUCUCCAUCCCCUUUCAGUGUUCAGUGUGCCUGAGAAGGAGCAAAGUAAUGACAAACUUCACACAUCUAAUCUCGAAAAUCCCUGAGGGACCUCCAGGAACACCAAGAGUAAACCCACAGUAUGUCUGGGGCAUGGCUCUCAUAGCACAAAUAAGACAUUUUUUUUGGUUCAGAUGUUUGACAUGCUGACUAUAUGGCGAUUUUUGGUGACUGUUUUCUCUGAAGAGAAUUUGUCUUAAAAUGGUGCUCUCUUAAAUACAUAAAACCACAAAACACUCCCACACAGCACAGACACACACACCAGCACAUGCUUUUCCACACACGCUCGAUUACUCCGGAUGAAUCAUGGGAGAAAUCCUCCAAAAGGAGCAAACAUCAAGUCAGAGCAUCAUGUCAGCAUUCCUCUUUCAGUCGAGUGAUGUGUGCUGUGUUAUUGUUCGUAAUGAAAAAAAAAAAUCUGGCGUUGACUGCCCAUUGCUUAUCUUUAGUGUAGCACACUAACUGAUAUCAAACAUGAGCCCCGGGGUAACGUCUGCAGCCUCUGCAGAGCCCAAAAUGCAUCUAGCAGUGUGGUCAGUACGAUAAAAUACACAGAAGUAAAUUUGCAUCGAAAAAGCAAAUUGUUUGAGGCUUCUUUAAAGAUUCUGUAUGUACAAAUGCGUCUCUAUGUAGAUCCACAUCAUUGUUUGUGUAAAGUAGAUUUUGAAUAAGAAUGUUUGUUUUCUGUUUGUUUAGAGGUAAUGGUGGCUGACAGUAUGGAGUGGAUAAAGAUUUACAGGAUGGUGCUGGGAGCAUGAAUCCAUUACUGAAUUAAGCAACAUAUAAAGGUAUUUUGUGGUACCAAACUGACAGACCCAACUCAGUUGUUUGCUGACAGCUAAGUCAUAACCUAACAAGAAACCAAACUGUGGAGGAAGUAUUUGAUUGCUUCAUUGUUUACCCUCAAUAUCGGUCAGCCUUUUUGCGUAAUACAAGCAAGUUAAGCAAUUUUAGCAGAACAAACUUCAGUGAGCCUGCUAAACACAAAAGCACAAGCUGCCUUCCAAAUCUUCACCUAAUACAGUAACAUAUUAACAUAGUAUUGUUAGAGGGCAAUCAUGUCUUUACUAAAAUCUGGCUCCUUAACAGCUGAAACAAUGAAAUACGCAGAAUAUGGAUAAUAAUUUACGUAAAGGACAUCAUCGUCACACAAUGCAGUCCACAAUGAAAAUGGAGGAGCUGUUCUCUCUGAUAAUUAUUCCUAAAAUAUAUGAACAUUGGUGCAGUGGCAUCUUGGAACACAAAACAAAGCCAAAAAUAAAAACUAAACAAAUGUAGAGAUAAAGUAA